AUGGGAAAGCUUCUCUGUGAUUCAACGGCGACGAUUCAAUCUCCAUCACCAACCGUUUCUUGGAGGGAACCCUCUGGUGACGUGGAUCUCGUCAACCAAUCCUCCGCCUUCGCCGCAAUCGAAGCGGCGGAGAAGACGAUCUCCGCCACAACAACCGCGUGGGACGACGUCUCCGGCCUCGAGGAGCAGCAAAGGCGACACCUUCAGCGUCUCCACUUAAAAGGCGUCCUCUGGAAGCAUCCGGGAAAACAAGAUUCAUCCGUCGUUUUCCGCCUCUCGCACGGCGGAGAGGUCUCCUCCGACGGGAACUGCCUCUUCACCGCGUCGCAGAAGGCGAUGGAGGCGCGUGGGGUCGACGCGCGGGAGUUGAGGUUGCGGACGGUGAGGAGGUUUCUUGAGGAUUACGGAACUUUGGGAGAGGAGGAGAAGGAGGCUGUUAAGGAGGCGGUUAGGCAUAUGUAUUCCCCGGAUCUGAAGAGAGGGUGGGGGAUUCAUAUUGUUCAGGAGGAGAAGUUUUUGGCUAAGAAGGUGGAGCGUGAGAGUCUUGAUAACGCUAUUGAUGAGCUUAUGCAAAUUGGGAUGCAAAGGUUCGUCCUUUUUUUUUUUUUUUCAGAACAGAAUCUGGUGGUCUCUGUUUUCGGAAGCUGA